CGGAGAUCAUCACUGCUCGGUUAUCUGGUUGAUCCAUCCGGAUGGCUGUAUUGUGUCUGUAGGUAAGCCGUUCUCCUGAUACGCCGUCGUCGUCUGUGGGACCGGUUUUUUUUUUGUGUGAAGUUUAUUGUUGGUCACCGCUGCUGGAAUAUACGGUCGACUGUUGCGCGCGUUGUUGCUGGAUGCUGCCAGAUCAGUUAUGCAGCGAAUUCCGUCCGGAGUGCGUUCGUUAUACAUUCUCUUCCUGUGUAGUGCGCACUAGUCUCUCGCGGGUGGAGUAGUUUUUCCACAUUUGAACAAACAUCCCAACGGAGCUAGGGGAAUCCUCCGCAGUCGGCGGAAUCAUUUCCGGGGUUUCACCACCCCUUCAGGGAUCGAUGUUGGCUGGGACCAGAACCAGGCGCCGAGUAACUCCAAAUCCCAUCAGACCAACCAGCAGAGGCCAACAACACUCCGGGGCCUAUCAUUGCAUGCUGAAUCGCUCAAGCCGUCGGUCGGGCGGUCCUUCGCCACCUGCCGGAGUUUUGAUAGAUAAUUUCCCCCGUUGACUUCGGUUCGGCGCACGCCGCCUCGUAAUGAAUUAAAUUUGUUUGUUACUCAUUCAAUUAAUAUAGGCUAAUUAAUAAGCGUGAGAAGUGUGCUUCCUGCCCAGUUUUUUUCUGUAUUUCUUCGUAUUGCCGGAGAAGGUGAACGUGAGCUCGAUGCAACGCAAACAGGGUGAAGAAACACAAACACAUUUCGUCUGGAAGAAACCGAGGGAAGACACGUGAGCUUUGCAGAAUAAGUGAAGUCCGCUUGGCUCGGGGUGUGCUUUUGAAUGUGGAUGUGGUCCUAAUUGGACUAAUGCAGGUCAACGACGCUUUUGUCGUCUACACUGUCCUAACAAGAUCGUCGUCAUUCAAGUGAGGCAUGAUUAAACACAGUGAUUGGAGUCAAACGAAAAUGGAUAUGCGUGAUUGAAAGUGUGGUUCGACUUUUGAUACCUAUGGGUGCUUGUUGAAAUCGAUGAAUUCGUGAAGAAUGGAACUAUCAAUUAUGUAGUGAAAGUGUAUCAAUACUCGGUUUUGUGAAAAUGAUGUUAUAGACAGAACAUGAAUUUGUCAAAGUUAAAGAAGUUUAAGUAAAAAAUAGAUUGUGAAAAUCGAUCAGAUUAGGAAGAAAUUUGAGUGCUAAAAAUAACUAGAGCUUCAAACUGUCGGCUCUGUCCAUAAGGAACUUCUCAGCAAACAUGCUGAACAAUCUCAGUGCUGCUGGAUUGGGAGGGCCAAAAGAGUGCGACCUGCCAAAGGCGGGCAUCACUUCGCUACACGGUGGCAACGGUUUUGGCCCGGUUCCAAACUCGGCCAGUUCGGACAGCAACGGAAAUCGAUUGCACGUGAACAGCGGAGGGUCGACCGGCGGAGGAAGUGGGGGUGGCCUCUGCGAACCGCACAACAUCCUCCAGGAUCAGAAUAUCGACAAAAAUGGCAAACAGAAGAGGCAUCGAACUCGCUUUACACCGGCUCAGCUGAACGAACUGGAACGGUGCUUCUCCAAGACGCACUAUCCGGACAUCUUCAUGCGGGAGGAAAUCGCCAUGCGGAUCGGGCUGACCGAGUCGCGUGUCCAGGUUUGGUUCCAGAACCGUCGGGCCAAGUGGAAGAAACGAAAGAAGACCACCAAUGUGUUUCGUACGCCUGGAGGCCUUCUACCGUCGCAUGGUUUACCGCCGUUCGGAGCCAACAUUACCAAUAUUGCUAUGAGCGAGAGCUUAUGUGGGACGUCGAUGUUCGGUGGCGACAGGUGGGGAGUGGGUGUCAACCCAAUGACUGCUGGAUUCGGUCAAUUGAAUCAAACCUCAUCCCUCUCCGGCACCCUAAAUGGUGGGCUAAACUCGGGGAUCAAUAUCUCCUCCGCCAUGGGAGCCGGCGGCUACCACAACUAUGGACUGAAUGCUUUGGAUAUUGCCUUUCCAGGUGAUUCCAUGAUGUACCAACACUCGGUAGGUGGCGUUGGCUGCACGGGAGGAUCGCCUACGUCCACCCCGCCUAAUAUCAACGCUUGCUCGUCGUCGACUCCACCCUUGUCCAGUGGGCAACAGCAACAACAGCAGCAGCAGCAACAGCAACAACAACAGCAACAGCAGCAGCAACAACAGCAAGGUGCUAGUCAAAACGAACCCAACGCCAACGGGGAUAUGUCCAAUCCUGGUGCCAAUCCACACAUCUCCAACUGUCAAGGCCUAAGCUCGGGCGGUCCCGACGGCGAAGAGGAUCUCUGGCGCGGUCACAGUAUAGCCGCCCUGCGGAGACGAGCCUCGGAGCUCAACCAAACGAUGCCAUCGUACUUGCAUGCGCAUAACUACGAUCACCACAAUUCGGUGUAUUGACUGCAGUUAUUCAAGUGAACCGUAGAAAAUGCGAAGUUGAGCCAAACUUAUCUUCGGAGAAUGUGUUUGUAUAAAAUAGAAACCUACUAAUGAUUGAACCGUUGGAAUACGGUCCAGAACGUUCCGCGAGACGAUACGUACAGCAAAAUGCGACAUAGCCGAACUUUGCCAUACCAGUAUUACACGACCGGAUCGUCAAGUUUAGUUGAAUUUUAUAACUAUUGUUUAGUUCCUUUAUUAUUCUAUGUAAAAAAGAACGUUUAUGAGUAAGUAUGUAUACGAUAAAACAAGACGGCCCAGUGAAACGAAAAGAUGUAUACGAUUUUUCAAAAUAACGUGUAAGACUAUGCAUAGCUUAUUUUCUAUUAAAAAAGGGUAAUUGUGUUCAGUUUUAAAAGACAAGUUCUUUUCAAAUCCAAUCCACUUACUAUGCAUAAACAAAAUGAGAAGUUAGGCGAAAGAAAUCAUGUAUACGAUUGCGUUUUCAAGCAAGCAAAACAAAUAAAGUCUCAAGCAACAAGAAAUAAAAAACAAUGAUAAUAAGUGCAGUAAGCAGUAACCCUAUACUAAUUGUCAGUGAAAAUCUAUUUAAGGAAACAAAAUGUAAAGCAAGCGAAAAUAUUGAAACAGAAAACCAUUUAGAUAAUGAAGCUAUAAGUAAAGCAUACGCGAACCGAACGUUUGCGUACUUGUACAUAAGAAUGGAAAUCGCUGCUUCAAAUACGGUCUAGAGCAACAAAAGUUACUUUUAGGAUGGGACAACAGUGUAAUGUCGUUUUUUCUAAAUUGUUUUAGUUUUCUAUUCGUUACAUAGCGAUAGCAUUAUGCAAUACCCGAAUAAUUUAUUUUUGUACAAAAAAAAACACAGUGUCAAAUGAAAUCGGUCUUCUUUCAAUGCUCAUUUUGUACAGCAGAAGAAAACUUUUACUGCAGAAUGGCCACAGAUCUAUGAUUGCAAAAAGGCUGCAGAGCCACCAAUAUACAUUCUAAGGACGGAGAUCCUUACCCGAAAAGCUAAACUGGAAUAAAUUGCAACCAAUGUAUACGAUAUGAAGGAACAUUUAAAAACCGUAAGAUAAGAACUAAGAACAGAUGUAUGUUAGUAAAAUAUUUCAUUAUUGAUAUCGAAUAAAAUUGAUAAAACUGAA